UGCUAAAAAUCAGAUAAAACAAUCCUUCUAUUAACAAAACCUAAAACACAAGCUUUAUUUUUAUAUCACAACAACAACAACGGAGUGUAGUAAUGAAGAACCUUUACUACUCUCAGUAAAAAUCAAGUUCUGAACUAGUUUCCGAACCGAAAUCCCAUUAAUUUUUGUUCUUUUUAGAUAUAUGUAAUGUUUUUGUAGGUGCAAUUGUUCUCGUAUAACUACUUAGCUCAAGUGCCAUAAUACAUUUACAUACCGGACAAAACCCUUGGUAUUCAUUGAUUCCUGGAUUAAGAUAACAGAGUGGUAGUGGAUGUGUUUUUACAAAAAUAGUUGCAUUUCUAUAGAAAUUUUACCAUUGAUAAAAAUUUAAUAUAUGGGUUUGAUUCUACUUUGUCAUUAGUUUUGAAGUUUAAAAACUGUAGAAGGGCUCAGGUUUUAAUGUAUUUUGUUAUUUUAUUUUUAAAGUGAAUGCUGAUUUUUUUUAUUUUUUUUUCUCUGUUGAAACUUCUUUGAGUAUUUGAUCUAGUAACUUUUCCUGAAAUGAUAGAUUGCUGCCAAAUUUUUCCUUACGCAAUUUUCUAACAUCUAUUAUCAUGGCUGGGUUUCAAAUAGAAGAUGGGUUUCCGGCGGAUCGUCUCUUUAACCAAAGAUAUUCUUAUACCUAUGAUGAUGUGAUCUUCCUCCCUCAUUACAUUGAUUUUCCUACCGAUGCAGUCAAUCUAAGCACAAAACUUACUAAAAAUAUUGAGUUAUCGAUUCCAUGUGUUGCUUCACCAAUGGAUAUUGUUACUGAAUCGUCCAUGGCUGUAGCUAUGGCAGCUCUUGGAGGCAUUGGUACUGUUCACUACAACAAUCAGCCUUUUGAACAAGAUGCCUUGAUUAGAUUUGCUAAAUCUCGUCAUAUUCCAUUUAUAUCUGAUCCAAUUUUCAAAGCGCCUUCAGAUUCGAUUGAUUCUAUUGAUGAUUUCUCUUCAUCACCAUGUGUUUGUUUUACUGAGUCAGGGAACUCAAAAUCGAAGAUGUUAGGUGUAGUGGGUAAGUCGGAUUGGGAGAAGUUAACUGAUAAAGAGACUCCACUCUCUGAUAUUAUGUUUAAAUUCCCAAUUUCGGCCCCAUCAAGCUAUACGUUUGAGCAGGCUGCUUCAGUUUUAGCCUCUCAGAAAUUGGAUUACUUACCUUUGGUUGGUGAGAGCAGUGGUGAAGUUGUGGAUUUGUUCACAAAGGGUGAUGUGGAUAGGAUUCAAGGUUUCCCCAAAUUAGGACUUCCUUCACUUGAAAAGGAUGGAAGCUUCAUGGUUGGGACUGCAAUCGGAACCAGGGAACAAGAUAAGAAGAGGUUGGAACAUUUGGUGAGGGAAGGGGAAAAUGUUGUUGUGGUAGAUAGUUCGCAGGGCAACUCGAUUUAUCAAAUAGAGAUGACUAAGUUUGUGAAGAGAAUUUAUCAAGAUUUAGAUGUUAUAGCCGGUAAUAUUGUUACAGCUUAUCAGGCACAAAAUCUGAUUCAGUCUGGAGCAGAUGCCUUGAGGGUUGGUAUGGGUUCUGGGUCAAUUUUCACAACACAAGAGGUAUGUGCAGUUGGCCGAGGACAGUGGGGUCCCCGUGAUUGCUGACGGUGGUAUUGGUAAUUCCGGACACAUUGUCAAAGCUUUUACUCUUGGUGCAUCUACUGUUAUGAUGGGGAGUUUCUUAGCUGGUAGUAAUGAGGCUCCAGGGGCUUACGAAGUUCAGAAAAUGUAGAGGCACGUAGACUACGCUGUCCUAAAGGAAAUAUCGCCUGCCACUCCUC